CAGCUAUUGUUCAUUAAGUCUGGUGAGGAGUUGGUGGACGGAGCUGGACUUAGUGCGCGGAAGCGGGUUUUACGUUUGUUUCUGUUGUGGACCGCUUCGGGCAGAGUCAUCGCGGGAGCACUUCGGAGCAGCUCUGCAGUUGCUGAAGAAGCACUGGCUCCAGGAGCAUCCAGAUUCAUCCUGAGUUAAUUGGCUUUGAACAGUCUUGACCAGAAGUUGCUAGGGGACGCAUGGCUGGACAAGGACUGAACAUGGCAGAGCUGGACAUGGUGUUGGAGGGUUCGGGUAAAGUAAGUGAUUGGCAGAAGACUUACGCCUAUGAUUCAGGGAUCCAGACUGCCAGCCAUUCUCUGCAUGGUGUACCAGAUGAUGAUGAAUACACUCAGAAGUACACCACAUAUACCACAACGACCUAUACACAAAAUACCCUGCCAGAAAUGGAUACCCAGUUUGCCAUGACCAGAGCUCAGAGAGUGAGAGCUGCCAUGUACCCAGAGACUCUAGAUGAAGGCACACACAUACUUUCUACUCAGUUAGACCAAAGCCAGCAAACUAAUGUCCAGCGACUGGCCGAACCUUCCCAGAUGUUAAAAACUGCCAUUGUCCAUCUCAUCAAUUAUCAAGAUGAUGCUGAGCUGGCAACACGUGCCAUACCAGAACUGACCAAGCUGCUGAAUGAUGAGGACCAGGUGGUGGUCAGCAAGGCAGCAAUGAUUGUUAAUCAGCUAGCACGGAAACAAGCUUCACGACACGCUUUGAUGCAGUCCCCUCAGAUGGUGGCUGCUGUGGUACGCACCAUGCAGAACACCAGCGACAUGGAGACUUCUCGCUGCACUGCAAGCAUUCUUCACAACCUUUCUCAUCACCGUGAGGGCCUCCUGUCAAUUUUCAAAUCGGGUGGCAUCCCUGCACUUGUGCGCAUGCUGAGUUCUCCAAUUGAAGCCGUGCUCUUCUAUGCUAUCACUACCCUACACAACUUGCUUUUACAUCAGGAGGGAGCAAAGAUGGCAGUUCGUUUGGCAGAUGGCCUCCAAAAGAUGGUACCUCUACUGAGGAAGAACAAUCCAAAAUUCCUUGCUAUCACCACAGACUGCCUGCAGCUGUUGUCUUUUGGCAACCAGGAAAGCAAGUUGAUCAUCCUGGCAAAUGGAGGCCCUGAAGGCCUGGUACAUAUCAUGCGCAACUCUGAUUAUGAAAAGCUUCUCUGGACAACCAGUAGAGUGCUGAAAGUGUUGUCUGUGUGCCCUAGCAACAAACCUGCCAUCGUUGAAGCUGGUGGCAUGCAGGCUCUUGGGAAACAUGUGACAGAUGGAAAGACCAGACUGCAACAGAACUGCCUGUGGACAAUGAGGAAUCUCUCUGAUGCCGCCACUAAACAGGACGGCCUGGAUAAUUUGCUUCAGAUGUUGGUUAAUCAACUGGAGAUGGGUGACUUGGAUGUUUUGACCUGUUCCACGGGCAUCCUUUCCAACUUGACCUGCAACAACAGUCGCAACAAAACCAUGGUUACCCAGUAUAAUGGAGUUGAGGCACUGAUCCACACCAUCUUGCGUGCUUCAUCAAAACAGGAUAUCGUUGAGCCAGCUGUUUGUGCCCUUCGACACCUAACCAGCCGUCAUCCUGAUGCUGAAGUUGCUCAAAAUGCUGUUCGCAUCCACUAUGGCAUCCCUGCCAUUGUCCAGCUCCUUCAGCAGCCAAAUAAUUGGCCAGUGAUCAAGGCAACCGUUGGACUGGUUCGCAACCUGGCAUUGUGUCAAUCUAACCAGGCUCCGCUCAGAGAGGCUGGAGCAAUAUCUUACAUUACUCAGCUGCUGGUCAAGUCCCAUCAGGAUAUUCUGCGUCACAACACCUCACAGCAGACAUACCAGGAUGGAGUGAGGAUGGAAGAGAUUGUAGAAGGCUCCACUGGUGCAUUACACAUCCUUGCCCGGGAUCCCACCAACCGUACUGCCAUUGCCAACCUAAAUACUAUUCCCCUUUUUGUGCAGCUCCUGUACUCUCCGAUUGAGAACGUGAAGAGGGUGGCUGCUGGGGUUCUCUGUGAGCUUUCUCUGGACAAAAAAGCAGCUGAAGUUAUUGAUGGUGAAGGUGCCUCGGCUCCACUAAUGGAGCUUCUGCAUUCCAGCAAUGAAGGCAUUGCUACCUAUGCUGCUGCUGUUCUUUUCCGCAUUUCUGAAGACAAGAAUUUGGACUACAAAAAGAGAGUAUCAGUAGAGCUGACCCACUCUUUGUUUAAACAUGAUCCUGCUGCCUGGGAAGCAGCUCACAAUAUCAAUAUGGAUCAUUAUCAAGAUGAAAUGGAUCAGGCAUAUCCUGUCAACUAUGGCUACCCAGGUGACAUGGGUAUGGACCACCUAGAAAAUGAUAUGCAUAACAUGGAAGAUGUAGACUUCGUACAAGAUGGGUAUGAUUCCAUGCACUAUCCAGAUCACCGGAUGACUUAAUCCUUAAUUCAGCAUUGAUCCAGAUUUUUUUUCUCUACAAAAACAAAAGAACUAGAAGAGCUGCCUAGACCACUGAGGAAUUAGGCUUGCCAGAGAAGUGCCUGCCAGAAUAAGAAGCAGUUUUUGGGAACUAUUUAAAAAAAAA